CUCUCAACCGAUCCCAAGUGCCAACCCAAGACAAAGAGUAGGCCAUAGGAUCUACCACCAACUUCGCCAACUUCACCAAGACACGCACUUAUAAAUAAAAAAUAUACUAGCACAAUGCCGACAAAGAGGAAAGCCGCCCAGUCGGCCGCUGAGGGUCGGACCAGCAAGCGCCGUCGCGUUGGCGACGAGUAUCAGCCUCGUCAGACGCGAUCCCGGGCGGCGCGCGCCAGCGCAUCACCGCUCAUGAUGCUCGACGACCGCAGCAGGCCCGUCGAACUCCAGGAGCCACGGCGGACCCGAGCGUCACAGACAGCCUUUGCCGCGAGCGGAUCGCCUUCGCUUUCUUCCACCGACGUGCCAGCUCGUCGUUCUGGGUCGCUUCGUGAGCGGAAGAGAAGACGGAACGCUACCAACGACAGCGAGGAGAGCCAUGUUUCCAGCCCACACCGAUCUCCCAAGAGAGCCAGGCGCAGUGGCUCUGAACAUCCCAAUAGCAGAGAACCCUCCGGCCACGGCUCCCGCUCCGGUUCCCUUUCCACCUCGGCCAACAGCAACCGCCACAACGAGGAGCGCGAUAUCGAGUUGGACUAUGACGGUCCCCUGGACUACGGAAACCCCGCGCGUUCAACCCGUUCCAACACACCCAGUCCCGAGCCGAUGGUCCGGGCCGCGGACGCAUCCGGCGAGGAGCGCGACAUCGAGCUGGACUAUGACGAUCCCUUGGACUACGGCACCCCCACGCGUUCAACCCGUUUCCACACACUCAGUGCCCAGCCGGUUGUCAAGGCCGAGGACGAGGCCGACACCGAGUCCGACUCCACGAUAUCACACAUCAGGCCCGAGUAUGGAGAAAGCAGGCCUAACUUCGAAUCCAGCUCCGACUCAGCUUCGGAAUCGGCCAUCAAGGUAGAGUCCGAAGGUGAUGCCUCCUUUUCGAUGGCCCCUGAGGCUCAGUCGUCGUCCCCUCAGCCGGCAACUACCAAUGCUGUGGCCGAGGGAGUGGACGACUCAGUAAUGGAGCGAGAACGCCUUGAGCACGAAGAGGAGGCGGUGCGCUUCCAGCACGACAAUCCCGCGCCGGCCACUGCGGAACCUGCAGAGGGACGCGAGGAUGGGGUGGUGGGAGCAAGCGUGGCAACAGGCGCCGGACGGGGCUCGCAGCCUCCUGAAUCGAUCAUCCGCUGGAUGGAGGGGGAGCUCGGAGUCGAACUGGAUGGUCUUCGGGAGCCGAAGAACAAGUACGACGGUGCUUGAUCCGGAAUGGAUGAACUAAGUGGGGGGGUGGCGAUGAGAAGCAGCAGACUUGUGGCAGAGAGCCAUACGAGUGCGAAAAUGAGGUGGAACAAAGGGAUCGGAAUAGACUUUGGUAGCGACUGGUAGAAGACAAGGUAAGAAGGAGAAUGCCGCUGGACGGGGAUGAUUUGUAUAUUCUUUUCCUGUUUGACCUGCACAUCAGCAAUAGAUUUAGAAGGACCCCAAAACCAGUGGCAAUAUAUAUAGAGUGCCCCUUCAUUUUUGAA